UGGACCUCCCGGGAGAAGCUCCUCAGCCAUCCUUGCGUCCUUCCUCGGCUGCUCUGCCGCUGCCCGCCCCGCGCUGCAGAGAUCCGCCGGGCACAUGGACCUCGGAAUCGUUGCAGAGAAUGAGAACGUGCAGCUGGAGGACGGGAACGAGGAGAUGCACCGGCUUGGAGACCCACAGGAGGAGAUGGGGAAACUGCCUGGCUCCAAGACAGACUUCCCAGGCAGGAUGGUGCUCAGUGAAGAGGAAAAACUGAAGAUUUCCAAAGACCUCGUGGAUCUCCAGAUCGAGACAAACAAAAUGAAGGAGCGUUAUGAGACGGAGAACUUCAGCCUGAGAAAUACGAUGCGGGCCCUGGAGAGCCGGGUGCAGGAGCUGGAGCUGUGCAGUGCCCAGGUCAUGGGGGAGCGAGAUUCCCUGCGGGAGCGCCUGCGGGCCCUGGAGAGCAGCCGGCAGCAGCUGGCGGAGGAGUUCAUCAUCCUGAAGAGCAACUACCUGGCCCUCGGGAGAGAGCUGGAGCAGGAGGUGAUGAGGAAUGAGGAGCUGACCCAGGAGCUGCUCAGCCUGGCCAAAGAGAGCAUCCAGCCCCCUGGCUUGGGCCAUCAAUCCUCCCCGGAGCUGGGAGCAGGGAGAGCAGCGGGACAUCCCCACCCUGCUCGGAGAGGGAAGCCUGAGGAUGCAGCUGCCUCUGAACACGAGCAGCAGGAGCUGGAAGGAAACUUGCUUGGAAACCAGGAUCACGUAAAAGUGGAGCUGGAAAAACUGAAGAAAACCCACGAUGAGCAGCAGCAGAAGCUGGAGGAGCGAGUGCUGGCGCUGGGGAAGGAGCUGCAGGAGGCGAAGGGCGCGGUCGUGGCCAGCCGGCAGAGGCUGGCGGAGCAAUCCGCGGUGCUGCUCACAUCCCAGGGCCAGCUCCAGGAGGUGGAGGCGGAGAACUCCCGGCUGCAGCUGCGGCUGAAGGAGCUGAACGAGGAAUAUCGCUCCCGGCUGGCGCAGUACAUCGGGGACGUGGCGAACUACAUGGACAGCAAAGCCAGCAGCGUGUCAGGCCACAGCAAAGCCCCAGCUGGCCACGCUGCCAUGAAGAACUUCGUGGACAGCAUGCUCAGGGAUAUCCGUGCCUCCUACAAGUCCCGGGAAGAGCAGCUGGCCCGGGCAGCUCGUGGGUACAAGAAACGCAUGAAGGACUUGGCCAAGAAGCACGAGAACCUGCUGAUUGCCUAUGGGCUGCAGCGGGAGCAGAUCCGAGCCCUGGGGAGCAGUGCCAUGGACUGCGGCCCUGCCGAGCUCCACUUCUCCAUCACAGACCCAGAGCUGCUGACAAACAGCUCCCGGGAGCUCAACCGGCUGCGGGAGGAAAAGGCAAAGCUGGAGAUGCAGCUCCAGGAACUGCAGAAGAAAAGCCUGAAAGGAGCCUCUGCCUUUCCAGUGCCUCUGGAGCAGCAGCUGGAUGAGGAGGGCUGGGCAGAGGUCAGGAGGAAGCUCCGGGAGUUCACACUCAACACCCAGGAGGACCUGGAGCAGCAGAGAAGCCAGCUGCUGACUCGGGCCGUGGUGGCAGAGGAGCAGGUGUCGGAGCUGCAGGGGUACAUCGACCAGCACCUUGCCAGGUACCAGCAGGAGAUCCUGCGGCUGAGGAACGCCGAGCGCAGCGAGCGGCCCCGGCGCGCCGCGCCAGCAGUGCCAGCCACCAGCCAUAGCUGCCCCGCCUCGGGAACGCUCCGAGGGAGCUCUCAGGGCCAAACCGAUCCUUCACGGAGGUGGGCUGGAGAGGACGGCGGAGCAAAGCCCGAGUCGAGGAGCAGCAGCUGCUCCAACUCUGGGAGCAUCCAGCAGCUCAAAGACAAAGCAAAAACCUCAGAGGAACAAUCAACCAAAACUUUAUUUUUAAAAAUUAAAUAUAAAUAA